CCAUCAAUAAGGGAACCCUCGAGCUCUUAAAUACAUAUAUACAAACCUAACUUACAUACCUCCAAUACAUACGCUUAGGUAUCAUAUCAUACAUGUACCUACCUGAGGUCUCGACCCCUGACAAGAACUAAACAAGGUGCGGGGCCCCAAGACAACUUCUGCCGACCCAACAACCUUUGGACCCUCCAAAAAGACUCCACGAUUCCACGAUUCCGCGACAACUCCCGGAGAUUAAAUUCACUUGGUGCUAGUAGUGCUAGACGCGCCCAGUCUUUCAUCUCGUCAUACCUCCGCAACUUCUAUGGCCUCCUCUUGUCUGCCGUGUCCCCAUGUCGGAUCGAAUGGCGCCGAAAUCAGAUACUGAUACAAGAGAAGAGGAGCGCCUUGCCGCCUGCUUCAACUGUAAGAAAUCCAAGCUCAAAUGUGUUCGGCCUAGCGGGUCUUCAACCUGUACGAGAUGCACUCAGCGCUCAAUUCAAUGUUCCGCGCCGCUCUUUCACGUAGGUCGACAUAAAGGGGUCAAGAACAAGCAUUCGGGGCUAGAAAAGGCCGUCUUUCAGAUUGAGCAAGCUUUAAGAAGGUCUAGCUCUGGCGCUUUGGAUCAGAUACAGACAGCUGAUCAAGCUACCGAAUUACGAUUUCUGCUCGAGAGGAGUCGAGAGCUUUUAGGUAGUGAUAAUGGAUUCUCCCGGCGCAUAUCGUCUCAGAAUGGUAUGGAGCAUGAUCAAGCGUCCGUGUCUCCCCAGCAGACUUCGACUUCAUUAGGAACAUCACCUUCCCAAACUUGUUCACGCGACGAUUCGGCAGUGCAUACCAAGGUCGAGGAAGAUCAGCUAAGUCUAGAUGACGCUGAGAAUCCGCUACAACUACUCGCCCGGACGUCUGAGCUCCUAUCAUCCAUAACACCACAGAUGCAAGGGACCGGAGCAGGACGACUACUCGCCAAAUCUACAUCCAGUCGUGGUGUAGCUGGAGAGGGCGAUGAUCUACAAAAAUUCUUCGGUCGUUUCCAAGCGCGACUGGAUGUUGGCGAGGACCUUGACCCUAUUGAAUUGGGACUCAUCACCCUCGCGGAGGCUGAAACAUUAUUCUCUUACUUCUACGAAAAACUCGCGCAUACGCGCUGGGGCAUUGACCCCGUUAUACACACCGUAGACUUUGUUCGAGGUCGUUCGGCUUUUCUGUUGACCUCGAUAGCUGCCGCGUCAGCACUUUUCUCUCCGUCCAUGGAGUCAUUAUACAAAAGGCUUUCAAAUCAUCGCCAAAAGCUCGCCAGUCUUGUCAUGGCGAAACGCUACAAGUCCGUGGAGAUCAUUCUAGCGUUUAUGGUUAAUAUACCAUGGAUCUCGGCCGGUGAGCAUUGGGCCGACGAUGAAACAUCGACCUACCUUUCUAUGGCCCUAACGAUCGCCUUGGACUUGUCGCUAAACAAGGUUAUACUACCUCCAUCCACAGAGCCGCGGAGCCCGAGGGACACUAUUGCUACGUCUGAUUGCAUAUCCGGCCGAAAAGCGCUUGGCAUAGACGGUUUUAGCGACAUCGAUCCAGACUCUCCGAGGGGCCGCAGGCUUCUGAGAAGAAGGGAGAGGACUUGGUUGUCUCUAUUUGUUCUUGAAAGAGGUGUCUGUCUCGCGAGAGGAAGGAAUUAUGUCCUUCCAAUGUCGCCACUUAUCGAGAAUUGCGACCAAUGGCAUCUAAGCGACCUAGCUGAUAGAUGGGAUGGUUCAAUCGUCUCGGUGGCGGUUCUGAGGAGAGACUUGGCAAAUCUGAUCUCAAAAGUAAGAUCAAUAUGUGACAGUUAUGUCAACGGUAACAGCGAAUUAUCCGUUGUUGAUAGAGUAAAAAAUGAAAUCACCCUAUUCUUCGAUCGGUGGUAUCAAACUUGGCCUUUGCAAUUGGGGGAUCGCGAGCAACUUUCGUUGCCCCCGUACGUCGAGAUUCUCGCAUCUCAUACACGGUUAUCCCUGUAUAGUUCUGUGAUUAACCACGGUACUGCGCCUGUGGGAGCACGUCAUUUCUUCCGUGCUGCUGGUCUCUCGUCUGCGCUGAAUGUCUUGCGAGUGGCUGUUCAAGGCGAAGGGCAGCUUAGAUCGAUGCCCAACAAUACCGCCAUCAUGAUAUCAUUCGCUGCGUGCUUUGCCCUCAGAGUCAGCACGGUUGCUGAUGGUCGAAGCUCGAGUCUGGCGCCUAGCAUCAGGGCUCUAAUAGCAGAGACUACGGAUGUACUAGAGAGAAUAGGAUCAACUCCAAUCCAACGGAAAGGUCUCUCUUGUCUAUUUGCUGGACAGCUGAGACAGAUACUGAAGUACGCAUCGCGCGCUUCAGAAGCAGCACAGGCUCUGCCGGAGCUAAACGGAGACGUGACGAAGCACGCCUCAAUUUAUACGGAUUUGAAUGCCGCUCAUAUGGCAGCCCACCAAGGGGCGAUACAAAUGCCGGUGGCAUCGUCAAAUCUACCACCGGACUAUUUAUUAUUCUCCACCAUGUCUAAUGAAAACCAGCUAGAUGAGGCUAUCCACAGCACUGACAUUGGGCUUAAUGCAUUUUGGGAGGAUUUCCAGUUCCAAAGCGCUGACUUGGACUGGAUGGACUGGUCAACUUUCAGCACCUAGAUGUACAAAUUCCAUGUCUAUUGUUUGGGCAGCACGGCGUUUCGGCGUUCCGCGAAUUAAAGGGAGCAUCAAUCUGGUGGUGUUGGGCACGGGACGGGAGGGCAUUUGGAUAAUAUCGGUUCAAUGCAUUGUCUAUUAUGAUAGCCUUAGUCUUCCCAACGUUUCUAAGAUAGAAGGCGGACGGAUCAUACCCUACUAAGACCCUUCUCGCAUAAGAUAGUACGAAGGGUUGCAAGGAUACGUUGAUUAAAAAUAACGAUUAUCUUGCGUACGACUCUGUUUACUAAGGAAACCACGAGAUUUCCAAGCAUUAUAGGCAUUAUGAGUUUCUAGAACAGUGUUCGAAGGCCCGCUACGAUGCAGCCAAGAAGCAAGACAUUUUUAAUACUUCGGCAUUGUGUGUGCCCAAUGUGACAGAACAUAUCACACAAGACACUGGACAGGGCUGUUGAGGGCAAGUUAAAG